CUCUCGAUAGAUACUGCGCCGAACAGGACGACGGACGAACGGUCGGACGGACGGACGAACGACAGCCUCGAUCAGGGCCCUCUAAAAAAGGUAAAAAAAAGAGAAGAGGAAAAAGAGGACAACAAGAGCAAGAAGAUAGACCGGAUUCAUUAUUGGCGCGCGCUCUCUCUCUCUAUUGCUCGGCUAUAGGCAGUAGGGUAUUCUUUUCUCAUCAUCUCUUUUCGCAAUUGGUCACACGCUUUCCUCUCGAUUGAAUGUGUGCACGAACCAAAAUAUCGACGAAAUCUCGGUGAACACGGCAGUUGAAAAGCAAAAAUUCCAUUCCGCUGAGGAGAACCGCGCAUCGCACGAAUCACAACUUCACGCACGCAGACCGCCCGCCGCCGUCGCCGCCCACAAUCCCAGCCGGUAUGACAGAACUUCAGGUAUCCUCAAAUAGUAACGGUGUUGGUGGAGGAGGAGGAGGAAGAGGAACAGGAGGAGGAGGGGGGAGCGGAGGCGCAGGAGGAGGGAAUCACGACGAUCACCACGGGGAAGGCUCUGCCGAUGCAACCGCGCAGUCGGCUACUGAUUCGCAGUCCCCACCACCGUCCGCCACAGCACAAAGUUCGUCGGGACGGAGCCCCAAGAAGCGGCGUAAGGUCAAUCAUGCUUGUGUGUAUUGCCGUCGCUCCCACAUGACAUGCAACGAUGUUCGGCCUUGCACGCGCUGUGUAAAAAGGAACAUCGGCCAUCUCUGCCACGACGAGCCUCGAGAGCCAAAGAAACACAAGGCCGAACACUCGGGCCAGGAGAAUGGCCACGAGGAUCAGCACAUCCACACUUCGCCAAAGGCAUCAAUUGCCCCAUCGGUCAAUGGUAUGUCGAAUUCUAUGGAGCACCAGGACUUGAAGCCAACGGUUUCCGCAACUCAAGUCGCGGUGUCCCUUGGACCACCCCCCUUGCCAACGUCCAGGACCGGUGGGGGGCCGUCGACAGUAGCACCAUCAGCUGUGUCGGUGACACCCCGGUCAAAUAUGAAUGCAAACUCCCAAGCUUUCUUGGGAGUCAGCGACUGGGACAUCCCUCAACCUCAGCAAACGUCAAGUUUCACGAACCCGUACCAUCAGCAGUGGAUGUUUUCCGCACCGGAGGUCUCCAGCGAGUUCAACCUGUUGAGCGAUUUUCUGGGCAACCUAUAUUCGGAGGAGCUAUUUGACACUUCGCCGGGGCUGUUCGAUAAUGCCCAGGGAACCCCCAAUCCCCUCGGGCUCAGCGAUUUCACCCCGCAAAGGCACACGACUCCGGCGUCGAAUACCAACCCAACCAAUUCUCGGCCCGGGAACGGGCGGGCCUCGGACCGCGCGCGGGAGAACUACUACCUGACCGCAGCCGAUCCUAACAAGGAUGUCCCUGAAGAGCGGAUGAAGCAGGUGUUGAAGGCCAAGCUGGAAGCGGGGCUGUUGAAACCUUUCAACUACGUCAAGGGCUACGCCAGGCUCUCGCAGUACAUGGAGAAGAACAUGCAGCCAAGUUCGCGGAAGAAGAUCCUGUCGAAACUGGACGAGUUCAGGCCCAAGUUCCGGGAACGCACGCAGUCGCUGACCGACUUGGAUCUGGUCCAUGUGGAAGAGUGGUUCGAGAAAUCGUUGCUCGAGUACGACCGUGUGUUCGCGUCCAUGGCGGUGCCGGCUUGCCUCUGGCGCCGAACCGGAGAAAUCUUCCGGGGAAAUAAAGAGUUCGCCGAGUUGAUAAAUGUUCCUAUCGAGCACAUGCGAGACGGAAAACUUGCAAUCUACGAAUUGAUCGUGGAGGAUUCAGCGGUCAGCUACUGGCAGAAAUUCGGCACUAUAGCUUUCGACACUACGCAAAAGGCCAUGCUCACAAGCUGCCAUCUCAAAAACCCGGACCCCACUGCCACGGAAAAGCUGAUCCACUGUUGCUUCUCUUUCACAAUAAGACGGGACAGCUAUGACAUACCCGCGCUCAUCAUUGGCAACUUUAUGCCCAUACACCCAAAGAAACACAUUCCCAGCUCGUGAGAGUCGGACUACAGCACUAUCCUCCCUCCCAAUACUCGAUGUUGACGUAUGAUACCCCGCAUUACUUCACUGGUGGCUUGCUGCAACACAUUCACACAUUCGUCUGUCCGUCCGUUUGUCUGUCUACGUCUUAACGAAUCCCCAUUAAUGCCCCCCGUAAGUAACAGUGUCACACGAGUCGUUCGAUGAGCAGCUGGGUAGGA